AGUAACUUGCUCACCCAUCCCAUGCAGUCAAUGUUGUUACAGGAUACGAUUUUGAAUACCUUUCUUAUACUUUUUGCGUUAUUUCUUAUAGUUAAACUAACAUGAUAGAUAAAGAUUGUUUUUUUGUGGGUGUUGAUGUUGGCACUGGCAGUGUAAGAGCUGCUGUUGUUGAUAACAAUGGCAUCAUCAAGGCUUCAGACAAUGUCGCCAUUCGUAUUUGGGAACCCUGUCCUGGUUAUUAUGAACAAUCAAGUGAAAAUAUCUGGGCAGCCUGUUGUGAAGUUGUCAAGAAAGUGACAGAAAAAAUUGAUAAGAAGACUAUUUAUGGAAUUGGAUUUGAUGCAACAUGUUCCCUUGUUGCCCUUGACACCAGUUUUCAGCCACUCACUGUUAGUCCUUCUGGGAGUAAUGAGCAAAAUAUUAUAAUGUGGAUGGACCACCGUGCCGAAGCCCAAGCCAAAGUGAUCAAUGCCACAGAACAUGAUGUCUUGAAGUACGUUGGUGGCACUAUGUCUUUGGAGAUGCAACCACCAAAGCUUCUCUGGUUGAAAGAGAGUCUUCCAGUCACUUGGGCAAGAGCAGGUUAUUUCUUCGACCUCCCAGAUUACAUGACUUUCCGAGCAACUGGAUCAACCACAAGAUCUCUUUGCUCAUUGGUUUGCAAAUGGGCCUAUCGGGCAGACUGUGAUGGAACAAGCCAAUGGGAUGAGUCGUUUAUGAAGCAAAUUGGCCUAGAAGGACUGUUACAAGAUGACUUAGCAAAAAUAGGGAAUGUUGCAUUAGCCCCUGGUGAGCCUGUGGGGAAUGGUUUGAGUGCUGAAGGUGCCAGUGACUUAGGCCUCAUUCAGGGCAUUCCUGUUGGUGCUUCCAUCAUAGAUGCACAUGCUGGCGGAAUUGGGAUACUAGGAGUGAGUGAUAAAUUCAGAGAAAAUGAAAAAGUAACCAAUAGACUGGCUAUCAUAUGUGGAACAUCAUCAUGUCAUAUGGCUGGCAAUGCUUUGUGAUGAAGAAAGAUGGCAACAGCAUAUAAUGAUGAAGAAUACUCCAAAGUUACAAACUGACAAUGACAACAACAUUGUAUUCAAAAUUAAAGAAUAUGUUCAAAUUUGAUUGUAAUGUUUGUGAACAGUGGUAAAAUUAAAUGAAUAAUUAAUUCAUCUACAGCAAAAAGAUGGAAAAUUAUAAAUAUACAGUAGUGAAAUAAAAUCUAUGAACAGUAUUAGGAUCCUGUGAGUCUAGUCCGGUGAGUAAUAUCUAGGCCAGUAAUCAAGUGUUAACAUACAAUAGAAGCUUGUUAAUCUAGUCCAGUGUUGUGGAAACCAUGUUAACAUAGAAUACCAGAAGAAUCUUAUAAAUCCAGUCCAGAGAUGUAGAAUCCAAAAAGUGUGCUAGCAUACAGUAUAACCGUAAGUAUAACCAAUGGGCUAUCUAUGGGCAGUAAAAUUUAUUAAAUAGCUUUCUUGUCAGGGUCUGAUUGGUUCAUUUUUAUCCAGUUACAUUUUAGCAUGGUAUACCCAUUUUUAUGUGUUAUCCAAUAGGCAGGUCUAGGCUAGGAAUAUGCACAGUCAAACUCACAAGUUUACAUAAGGUUAUCCUGUCAUUUUAUGAGGCCUUAGCAACAAUAU